GCGCCCCCUCCCUGCGUCCCUGCGCCCGCCCGUUCCCUCAGGGAGCUCCCUCUGCUCAGGCGGCUGUUCCCGCUGCAGCGGCGCGGUCCCGGCGGCGCGCCGAGGGGGUCGCUGGUAGGCCGCGGCACACCGUGUUGUUCCUUUCUCCCCCGCCCCCCCAUUCCCCGGCGGCAGAAGCUUCCCCCGGCGGGUCCCUCCGCGCCUCUGCGAGCGGGGCGGCUGCGGGCAGAGCGGUGCGGACCGGUUGCGGCCGGUUCCCCGCGCAGGCGCAGGGCCCCGUAAACAGGAAGCGGCGGCGGCCCGGAGCGGCGGAGACAAAGGGGCCUGUGGAGAGGGGAAAGGAGCGCCUCGGGUUGGCUCGGCUCGGCCCGGCCCAGCGAGCGGGGGUCCUGGCGGCGGGCGGCAGGAUGGUGCAGAAGGAGGGGCAGGCGGCGCUGGAGGAGCCCCAAGGCAGCCCCAACCCGGCCGGCGUGUCCGGCGCCGCCUUAGAGCCGCCGGGCGCCGCGGCGGGGCCGGUCCCGGGGGGCGAGGAAACCGACACGGAGACGGAGACCGCGCUCGGCUCCCGCCGCUUUCUCUGCGGCGUCGUCGAAGGAUUUUAUGGAAGACCUUGGAUUAUGGAGCAGAGGAAAGAACUUUUUAGAAGACUUCAGAAGUGGGGACUCAAUACAUACCUGUAUGCUCCAAAGGAUGACUACAAGCACAGGAUGUUCUGGCGAGAAAUGUACUCUGUGGAGGAAGCUGAGCAGCUAAUGACUCUUAUAGCAGCUGCACGAGAACAUGAAAUAGAAUUCAUCUAUGCAAUCUCUCCUGGACUUGACAUCACUUUCUCCAAUCCCAAAGAGGUAUCCACAUUGAAACGCAAGCUGGACCAGGUUUCCCAGUUUGGCUGCAGAUCUUUUGCACUGCUGUUUGAUGAUAUCGAUCACAACAUGUGUGCAGCAGACAAAGAAGUUUUCAGUUCCUUUGCUCACGCUCAAGUCUCUAUCACAAAUGAGAUUUAUCAAUAUCUAGGAGAACCAGACACAUUCCUUUUCUGUCCUACAGAGUAUUGUGGAACUUUCUGUUACCCAAAUGUUGCCCAGUCACCAUAUUUGCGGACUGUAGGAGAAAAGCUGCUCCCUGGCAUCGAGGUGUUAUGGACAGGUCCGAAAGUUGUAUCCAAAGACAUUCCUGUAGAGUCCAUUGAAGAAGUUUCUAAGAUCAUCAGGAGAGCACCAGUUAUCUGGGAUAACAUUCAUGCUAAUGAUUAUGAUCAAAAGAGGCUUUUUCUUGGGCCUUAUAAAGGUCGGUCAACUGAGCUCAUCCCUCGGCUAAAGGGAGUUCUGACCAAUCCAAACUGUGAAUUUGAAGCCAAUUAUGUUGCUAUUCACACGCUGGCUACCUGGUACAAGUCUAACAUGAAUGGAGUGAGAAAAGAUGUGGUGAUGACUGAUACGGAAGACAGUACAGUUUCUAUCCAGAUUAAAUUGGAAAAUGAGGGGAGUGAUGAAGAUAUUGAAACAGAUGUUCUCUACAGCCCACAAAUGGCACUGAAGUUGGCCUUAACAGAAUGGUUGCAGGAAUUUGGAGUGCCUCAGCAGUACAGCAGUAGACAAGUGGCCCACAGUGGUGCUAAAACUACUGUAGGGGAUGUAGGGCCUCUGGUGGCACCAUCCUCUUUAAAUGCAGCAACAGUGGUCACCACAGUUUACCAAGAACCCAUCAUGAGUCAGGGGGCAGCGCUGAGCGGCGAGUCACCCGCCUUGGCAAAGGAGGAGGAGAAGAAACAGUCUGAUGAGGAGCCAAUGGACAUGGUGGUGGAAAAACAAGAUGAUGCAGACAAGAAUGCUCAUCAGAUACUGACAGAUAUCGCCGAGGCCAAGAUGGCAGAGGAGCUGAAGCCAAUGGACACCGAUAAGGAGAGCAUAGCUGAAUCCAAGUCCCCAGAGAUGUCUAUGCAGGAAGACUCUGGUAGUGACAUUGCCCCUAUGCAGACUGAUGAGCAAAUUAACAAAGAACAGUUUGUGCCCGGGCCAAAUGAAAAGCCUCUCUACACAGUAGAACCAGUGACUUUAGAGGACUUGCAGCUUCUGGCUGACUUGUUUUACCUUCCUUACGAACAUGGACCCAAAGGUGCACAGAUGCUGAGAGAAUUCCAGUGGCUCAGAGCAAAUAGCAGCGUUGUCAGUGUUAACUGCAAAGGGAAGGAUGCUGAAAAAAUAGAAGAGUGGCGUAAUCGAGCAGCCAAGUUUGAAGAGAUGUGCAGCUUGGUGAUGGGGAUGUUCACUCGCCUCUCCAAUUGUGCCAACAGGACAAUCCUUUAUGACAUGUACUCCUACGUCUGGGAUAUCAAGAGUAUUAUGUCAAUGGUGAAAUCUUUUGUGCAAUGGUUAGGGUGUCGUAGUCAAUCUUCAGCACAGUUCUUAAGUGGAGACCAAGAACCCUGGGCCUUUAGAGGUGGUCUAGCAGGAGAGUUCCAGCGAUUGCUGCCUAUUGAUGGGGCAAACGACCUCUUUUUUCAACCACCUCCAUUAACACCCACUUCUAAAGUGUACACCAUACGGCCCUACUUUCCUAAAGAUGAGGCAUCUGUAUAUAAGAUCUGCAGAGAAAUGUACGCUGAUGGAGCUGAUCAGCCCUUCCAUAGUUUACCAGAUUUAAUUGGAGACAAGUUGGUAGGAGGUCUGCUCACCCUCAGCCUGGAUUACUGCUUUGUUUUAGAAGAUGAGGAUGGCAUCUGUGGCUAUGCUUUGGGGACGGUUGAUGUGACUCCUUUCAUUAAAAAGUGCAAAAUGUCCUGGAUCCCUUUCAUGCAAGAAAAAUACACUAAACCAAAUAGUGACAAGGAGCUCUCUGAGGCAGAGAAAAUAAUGCUAAGCUUCCAUGAAGAGCAAGAAGUGUUGCCAGAGUCAUUCCUUGCCAACUUCCCAUCGUUGAUAAAGAUCGAUAUCCACAAAAAAGUGACAGAUCCAAGCGUGGCUAAAAGUAUGAUGGCCUGCCUGCUCUCUUCUCUAAAGGCUAAUGGCUCCCGUGGGGCUUUUUGUGAAGUGAGACCAGAUGAUAAAAGAAUCCUGGAAUUUUACAGCAAGCUGGGUUGUUUUGAAAUAGCUAAAAUGGAAGGAUUUCCAAAGGAUGUCGUGAUCCUUGGAAGAAGCCUCUGAAGUGCUCGAUGGCAAGCUGUUCCCGUACUGUAGUCCCUUAACAGCUGGGCAGGUAGUGGUGGGGAUCUUCAUAUGGUCUAGCUGCACAAAGCCAGCAGUAAGCCAGCUUGGUAGAAAGGGCUAUGCGAAAAUCACCCAUCACACAUUCAGACUGUAAUUUGUUGGAAGAGGAUAAUGCUGCUGAAAACACUGUUUUAACAAAGAGAAACCUUGUCCUCUCCUGGUCCGGUGUGAAGUGCCAAGGACUCUUGCAUGGGCUCCAGCUUCUUGGAGGGAUCCCUCUCUGGCGGCGCUGGGGCCGACACCAGUUCUCUGCCUUCGCCUGUCAGCGGGAAAGGGGUCUCUGUCAGGAGUGUGUGUGCAGACACAGGCGUUUUCCCUGUCAGAGAGCGGGGUGUGCAACUGCAAGUUGCAGGAAUGGGAGGGAUUUGCUUGUGUCCAUCAGCAAAUUUAAAGAUAAGUAGCUACAGUUCUAUUUUUUACUAUCUUUAUGCUUGUUGAUAAAGCAAUGACCCAUUGUCACUUCUAAUGACCAUUGGUUCGAGCUUUGUUAGGGACAAAUGUGCAGUGGUCUGUGGCAGAAGUCACUUGAUGACAGACUUGUAAAUUCAGUGUAUAUAAACUCGGCCGUAUGCUGACUAACUUUUUGUUUACCAGGUUUUGUAACUUUUUCUUUUGACAAGUGAAACAGUGUAGGUCCAAGAUGGCACUUUGGAAUAGCCGAAACCCGCAGUGGAGAACGAAUCUGUCCUCAGCACUGACCUUUCUGACUGUGCCUCGUGUCCAGGGCUACAAACCGGCCGUCCCGGGAGAGGGGAGUGGAUCCCAGAGGCUCCUUCCCUCGGACAGCGGUUUGUCACUGCCUGAGGUUACCACCGUUCUCCUGGGGCUGAAAGGGCCCCUCACAGAGUGUUCUGUCCAGCCCAGCAAUCCUGGUAACGUUCACGGGGUUGGGAUUGAAGACGGUGAGAGGGAGGGAGCUGGCCAGCAGCUGGGAUCGGUCCUUGCAACAGUAACCAUGGUUCAAAGCCUGUUCAUACUUGUUUGACUAAAUCAGGGUCUUCAAGUCCUGCACAUUUGUAUCGAAUAACUUUUCUAUAAGAAAUGCCACAAUAAGCACAUUUUUACACAUAAUUUAAAAGGUUUCCUUCUUUUAGAUGUUCCAAGAGUUUAAUGUUUUUACCCAGGUCUGACACGUUGGGCUAGGGGAUGCAGUCAGCGUGCUCUGUGGGGUCUGGGAGCGAGGUAGUCGCAUCAUCCACGGAGUUGGUAUUUCACAGGAGCCUCAGCGUCCCAGAUCCAGCACUCUACACCCCGCAGUACCUCGCUGCUUUCACCUGCUGCCAUCAACUGUCUUUACUUUCCUUUUUUUAUUUCCCUGGGGCUUUUUCAGUGGUUCCCUUUACAAGCCUCCAGCCACACAGAGGUUGGGUAACCCGGAAUGAAGGGCGUUAGGACGGCGGUAGUGUUGUCUGCGCCCUGGAAGGAGAUGCAGAGGUUGGCCUCCUGGUGCAGUCACGUGCAGGAUGGGAGGUGUGUGGGGUGGGGGUUGUUUUUUCCUUUGCAGAAUGUGAACAAUUGUUUUUUUUACUGCGGUAGCGAAGUAUUUAAGUUGAAACAAGUUCAUUUCAUUUUUAGAGAGAGGUACGGGGUGACACUAUGGGAUUUCAUGUAAGUCAGAGCUGAAUGCCACUAGUUUUUAAACAGCUUUGAUUGCAUGUUGAGUAGCUGAUACCUUGGUUUGUCAGGUGGGGAGAGUUUUGUUUCUUCAUGGGUACCAGAGUCGACUUAUUUUAUCUGGAUGCGUUACAUUACAGCAUAGGAUGUUUGUGGCCUUAUUUCUUGACUUUUCAGGAGCUGCCACAUUUUCUCUUCCUAUGACUUUGUUAUUAUUAUAGCAGUUAAUUGUACAAGCCUAUGGAAUGUCAGGCCGAAACCAUCGUUCUAGGGUUGUAAAGUGCUACAUUGACAUAUCUUUCAUGGUUAUGAAUUUUCAUUAAGGUUGGAAUGCCACUUUCAUUAAUCUGUUUUUAGAUCAACAGUAUCUGUAGCAGAGAGGAAAAAAAAAAAAGACCUGUAAAACUGUAUUUGAAGACCAUGCGAGAAAUAGAAUAAAACUUGAGAAAUGAAUGUACAUAAAAGGUGUGUUUGUGUGA